AUGUUAAGAGGCGCCGUGUCCGGGGGUGCGGAGUCCGAAAGCGUGGUGGCACUGAUUCCUGGUGAUGAGGCCAUGAGGAGAAAGAAGAAGAUGAAGAGGGGUACAAAACCGGUGUCCAUGGGUGAUGGAUGUGGGAAGGUGGUAGGCAAUUUGACCGUUCAUUUGUUUUGGUUUUUAUAG